GAUGUGAGUAUUAUAUAACACAGUGUUUAUUGCAUUAAUAAUACCAAUACUUUCAACACAUACUGUAUAUACAGUUAAGGCGUUAUUCAAUACAUUAGACACAAAACUGUAGUGUUUUUCACUGAUAUGUCUCUGACGUGGAGUCAACCAAACCAUUGGUGAUUGGAUUUACCAUUUGAUCCAAAAUUUGUUUUCUUUGAUAUAUUGCUUACAAUACACAACAUUGUUGACAAUGACAACAACUGGUCACUCAUUGAUUGUCGUAAUACUAAUUGUCGUCUGUCUCGUCAGCGACUCCUUCAGCGAUGAACACUCGCACACCUAUGAAGACAACGAGGAAGUGGUACUCUGGAUGAAUACAGUGGGUCCGUAUCAUAAUAGACAAGAGACGUACAGUUAUUAUUCGUUGCCUUUCUGUUGGGGCACUAAAAAAGGUAUUUCACAUUAUCACGAAACUCUCGGAGAAGCUCUACAAGGCGUCGAACUAGAGUUUUCUGGACUUAAUAUUGACUUUAAAGCAAAUGUCGGUCCGACGCCGUACUGUGAGAUCGAGUUAAAUGAAGAGAAACUUCAGGCACUAGUCUACGCCGUGAAGAACUACUAUUGGUAUCAGAUGUAUAUCGACGAUAUGCCCAUCUGGGGUAUUGUCGGUGAAGUGGACGAAAACGAUAAUAGUUACUAUAUCUGGACCCACAAGAAGUUUGACAUCGGCUAUAAUGGCAAUAGAAUUGUUGACGUGAAUCUGACCAGCGAAGUGAAGAUUAAAUUGGAGAUCAAUAAAAAGAUGUCAUUUAGCUAUGAAGUCAAUUGGAAAAAGUCGAGCACAUUGUAUGAAAACCGUUUCGACAAAUACUUGGAUCCAAGUUUUUUCCAGCACCGGAUCCAUUGGUUUUCGAUAUUUAACUCGUUUAUGAUGGUCCUGUUCCUCGUGGGUCUUGUGACUAUGAUUUUGAUGAGAACUUUACGUAAAGAUUAUCAACGUUACAGUAAAGAUGAUGAUCUCGAUGACAUGGAACGCGAUUUGGGUGAUGAAUAUGGAUGGAAACAGGUUCACGGAGACGUAUUUCGGGCACCGGCUUAUCCAUUGAUGUUCUCUGUGUUAGUCGGAACUGGAUAUCAUGUAGCAGUUGUCACAUUCACUGUCAUUAUAUUCGCAAUAGUGGGUGAUCUUUAUAUAGGCAGAGGUUCUUUACUGACGACUUCUAUCUUUGUAUACGCGGCCACAUCUCCUGUGAACGGAUACUUUGGAGGCAGUCUUUAUGCACAGACCGGUGGCCGACUAUGGAUCAAACAAAUGUUUUUGAGUGCAUUUUCAUUGCCGGCACUUAUCUGCGGAACUGCUUUCUUAAUCAAUUUUAUAGCCAUUUACUAUCACGCCUCCAGAGCCAUACCAUUUGGAACAAUGGUGGCAAUUACUAGUAUUUGCCUUUUUGUGAUAUUGCCUUUAACUUUGGUGGGAACUGUAUUGGGUCGCAAUCUGGCCGGUCAGCCGAACAAUCCGUGUCGUGUUAACGCUGUUCCACGACCUAUACCUGAAAAGAAGUGGUUUAUGGAGCCAUCGAUUAUCGUACUUUUGGGAGGAAUAUUGCCAUUCGGCUCAAUCUUUAUAGAAAUGUAUUUUAUAUUCACAUCUUUCUGGGCCUACAAGAUAUACUAUGUCUAUGGCUUUAUGCUUCUGGUGUUUCUCAUUCUAACCACAGUCACCGUCUGUGUCACUAUUGUUUGUACAUAUUUUCUGCUUAAUGCAGAAGACUAUCGAUGGCAGUGGACCAGCUUCUUGUCGGGUGCUUCGACCGCAGGUUACGUAUAUCUCUAUUCGUUUUACUACUUCUUCUUUAAGACAAAAAUGUAUGGAUUCUUUCAAACGGUCUUUUACUUUGGAUAUAUGGCUUUAUUCAGCGCAGCCCUGGGACUCAUGUGUGGUACAUUUGGAUAUCUCGGGACCCGAGCUUUUGUACGAAAAAUUUAUUCUACGGUCAAAAUUGACUAAACGAGUGAAUUAUAAUUGUAAACAUUUUUUUUCAAUCAAAAGCCAUCAAAAUGUGAUGCCAUUUGUCAGUUGUGUUUAAUUCAUGUAUUUUCAUGUUU